CUCCGUACAUCCUCAUUUCCACAUGUAUGGUUCUGGGUCGAACUGGGCGCUGAAAUGAUCGCUGUGAUUUAUCUCGAAGUCUAACUAGCGUUGUAGUGUGCGCCCAUUUCUGCGACCUGAACUGCAUGACAAGAUGGUGAGUACUUGCCGUAUAGGGGGUCAGGUAUAUACCUUUUCUCUUGCUCUCAUCGAUCUCUGAGUCUCAGAUUUCUUGCCCCUCGCGUUGUUUUGUAUUUCGCUCACUUAUCAAUUGUCACGAUGCGUACAUUUUUUGCUUGGGCCUUCACAAUUCUUACAACCCUACCUAUCAUCGAUGCUCAUAGCAGCAAAAUUUCUCCUGAUGGAACAUGUGGCAGCCGUAAAGAUUUCACAUGCUUGAACUCUCGGUAUGGAAAUUGUUGUAGUCAAUAUUCUUACUGUGGCAGCACCGAUGCGUACUGCGGUAGAGGAUGUCAGGCGGGCUUUGGACAGUGCAAGGGCGUGUCCUCAAUAUCCCAUUCUUCGAUGAUAUCUUCUCUCACCUCGAAAGCGUCCUCUUCGUCAACCUCAUGCACCACUUCCUCUACAUCAUCGCUGCCAAAAUCUUCAACUCGUUCGAAGGUGCUGUUAUCAACAUCUUCAACCCCCUAUAAAGCCCCAUCUUCAACGCUAUCACCGACCCGCUCACCCAUCCUGUCACGCACCUCCUCUAGCUCGAGCAGCGUGGUACAGUCCUCAAGCUUAUCCUCGAAACUCCCAUCAUCUUCAUCGAUAUCCUCUAGUACAUCAAUGCCGCUGAUGAGUUCGACUUCGGUUUUGUCUAUCACAUCAUCAUCGACGAUGGCUACAUCAUCUUCAACAAGUUCUUCAUCUCAAAGUUCGUCUCAAGCACCGUCAGGGACCUCAACAUCUAGUCUCCCCAGCUCUACCUCAGCAAGCUGCAUUCCUACUGGGAUCAACUACGUGAAAAAUUCCGGAUUCGAGUCUGGAGCCAUCAGCCCCUGGACAAGAAAUUCGGAUACGAAUUACGCUGUCGAUGUCACAAAUUCCGCCACAGCCCACGAAGGCCAGUACCUGGUUCAGACAACGGUUCGGGGUGCCGGAGUGACUAGUAUGGAGUUACAACAACCAAAUGUUUCCAUUUCAUCUGGCACACAGAUUCGUUGCUCCGCUUGGGCGCGAUCCGAGGACGGCGUCAGCUCUACCGUUACAUACAAGAUGUUGAUAGAUGGUCAGGAAUGUGGGACUGUGGAUACUUUGGACUACGACUGGACGCAUUUCGGAGGUCUGAUCACAGUCACAGGUGACACGCAUGUGAUCACGGUACGAGUUGUUAUGAAUGAUUCGGAUUCAGUGGCAUAUUCAUUCGACGACGUUUCUGUUACUGCGGUCUCAGGUCCGAAUGUUUGCGUGUCGGAAAGUCCUCAAUAGUUUGUCUGUAACAUGAUAG